UUUGUUAUCGCGACGAAUGCGGCGAAAAACGGCGCGGAUUUUUGUGGUAUUUCAAUUUUGUAAAUUUAUUUGAAAGCGUGUGAACUGUGAACUGGUCACAAAUUAAAGCAAGUACCUACCAUCGAUUGCAAGAUGGAUUCGCCCGACUCAUCAUUCUCAGUUAUAAUCCAACACAUGGGUAAGAAGGAAUCGGUUGCCCUACCAGCUGAUAUCACUCUGGGCGACUUCCAGAGGACCGUCGAAGACAUGACGCACGUGCCAGUGGCGGCGCAAAAAGUCGUGCACAAGGGUCGUGACCUGGCCCGUCACGAAUCGGACGUUACGCUUCAGGACUGCCGGGUAAAGAACAAAGACAUCGUUAUGAUCCUGGGUCUUCCCGUCGAUCCGGUGAACGAUGAGACCCUGGCCGCCAUCGCCGCCCUGGAAACCCAGUCUGAGGCGGUGAUCACUCGACUGGACGACAUUCAGAAAGAUCUGGACGGCGCCCGAAAGGGUUUCCUGCCAGCCAGGAUGGCCGCCGAGGUGCGUCCCAAGCUGGAGAAGCGUCUGCUGACCGUCUCCGAGGAGCUGAUGCGCCUGCUGGAGCGGCUGGAUUCCAUCUCAGUGGGCCAGAGCUCAGAGUCAGCGCGCCGAAAACGAAAGGCCGUGGUGACUGCCAUCAACGCCCAAAUGGAUAGGGCAGAUAAACUGAAGGAGAAAUUAGCAGAAAUUGGCUCAUAGGUUGAGAUAGGUAGAUAUUAGGUAUUUAUCGAUAUCUAUUUCAGCUAGAGAUGAAUAGAUAUUUGAUAUUUAUCUAUAUCAAGUGUUGGAAGGGUAAGAUUCAGAUGGUGGUUCUUGGCUUCAAGUGCUGGUUCCGGGGUCUCCCGCUAGAGGCGCUGUAGUAGCGGCCCUAGUUCGGCGUUCUGUCGCCAGAGGCACUGCCACGGUUGCGAGCUUCUGAUCCUCGCCGCUUGGCGUGCGAGCGCAGGUGAUGCUUGUUUUCUGGCGAUGCUCUGAGCUUCGAUCAGUCUUAAUUGCCGUCCAGAAAGCUCCUUUGGCAGCUUGAAAGUGAUGUCCUGGGCCUAACACGCGGCCUCGCCAGCUUAUUGCCCGACUAGCGCAUGACUAGCCCAUGACUAGUACCUGACUAGCGCUAGUCAACAGAUGGCAAGUACUAAUCAACACCUUAGCCCAUGACUAGUACCUGACUAGUGACUGGCUGCCCGCUGCAGUCGCCAUAUUAUGCGUCUACGAUGCGUCAUGCGAGUCCUUUGGUUAUCAGAAAAUGCUUGAGUGGCUGUUGAUUUGGCUGACUUCUCAUAUGCGACAACCGAGGAUUGACCUGCCAGAUUAGCGACUACCGACUGCGUUUACCAGCGAAGAAUUGACUUUGAGUCCCUUUCGAUUCAACGGUUAAUCAGAUGACAUAUUUUAAGAUAACGGUUGUCGCGAGAUGGGGCUCCAGAUUGACCAAAGUUGCGAAAUUAAGAGUUUUCUGGUAAUUAGGAUCAACAUGCACUGUAAGUUGUAACUUUGAUAAUGAGCGAACUGUCCAUUAUACCAAAUCGGAUGACUUUUUAGGGAGCUGUACUGCCUGGAACAGACGGCGUUCUUUUUCGCCCCAUUUCGAGUCGAAAUGACGACGAUAGUAAGCGCUACUUGUCUUCCUUGGCAGUUGUCAUACGAUUGCAUAUGAUCUGUUGGGGUUAUACUCAGUGCUAAAUGGGUAAAUUUGCCGUCCAAUGCACGGCGCAUUGGUGCAUUCGAAUUAGUGCAGUGCACUAGUUGAUCACCGAGGGGGACCAGCUGUGUAUCUUCUCCGAGAAUCGAGGACCAUCUUAGUUCAAAUCAAAUGUGUUCAUCCUCAACAUGAGAUCAUUCUAGCCUUUUGAAAGUACACAGAAUGUCCACCGGCAUUCUUUACCGGGUGGCACUGCCAGCUUUUAUUUGCAUUUAUUUGUGACAUGGAGUAAAUGUUUCGGCAAUAAGCUAUAUUUUACCACAUAGCGGAUAUUUUGGGAUAUGACGACUUUGAAUAACUGGAUAUUACGUUUUUACUGAGGCCAAACCUGGUGUGUCGCUCUAUACGCUUAACAUGUUGAUGUAAUGCUAUGUGCAAAGUCGCUGAGUUUUUGAACAGCUCCUGCAACGAAUAAAACACAUCGUUUAACCCUC